AUGUCUGGAAGACCCGGAGCCAACUCGCGCGGCCGCGGCGGCAAGUUUAAGAAGUUCACGCGCGGAGGCGGCAGACACUUUUCCCGAGACCUUCAGCCCAUAGACAACGAGGAUUACAAGAAGGAAGAGGAGGACUCUGAAGAGGACUCGGAAGAGGAGAGUUCCGAAGAGGAACAGGAACGCAAGCCCAGGCCGCCCAAGAAGAGCCGCGAGCAGCUCAAGGCAGAGAAAAAGGCCGCCAAGGCCGCUGCAGCGGCCAAGGCCAAGGCACCGCCCAAGCCCCAGCCCGGCGACAUGCCUCCAAGCGAGUCCUCGGAGGAGGAUGACGAUGAAGAAGAAGAGGAGAGCGAGGAGGAGUCUUCUGAGGAUGACGCCAAGGCGAAGCAGGCUGCUGCCACUGCCGCGGCCAAGAAGGCGAGCGCGCCUGUCAAGAAGUAG